UCAGGGACGGACAGGUACUAGUCCGAGUCUCCGCAGCGUCCGAUUUGAAUUGGAAUCGGCGAGUUUUUGAGGAGAGAGAAACACAGAAAAAUGAAGCUGCCGGGAGCUGCCAGCAGGAUGUCUCCGCCCCGUCCGCUCGCUGCCUUUAAAUGGCUCUGUGCCGCCGCCUUUCGCUUCAUUUCUCAUUCAGUUCUGAUUGUGAGAAGGAUUUACCAGAGUCGCCGACAUGACUGAGACAGCACCCGCCGAAACGGCUCCUCCAGCCGCACCCGCCGCCGCAAAGAAAACUCCCAAGAAGAAGGCGGCUGCCCGGAGCAAACCAACCGGUCCCUCGCUGGGCGAACAGAUCGAUAAGAUCGUGGCGGGUUGUCACGAUAGGAAGGGUAUGUCCGGUGCGGCCAUCAUGAAGGCUCUGGCCGACAGCGGUGUCGAUGUGGCGAAACGUCGCCACCAGGUCAAAAUGAGCAUCAAGAGGAAAGUGGAAAGCGGCUCCUUGGUUCAGGCCAAGGGCUCGGGUAUUUCGGGAUCCUUUAAAUCCGGUAAAGGGAAAACUGCCGUGAAGGUGGUGAAGAAAGCGAACAAGCCAGCGGCAAAGAAAUCUCCCGGCAAGAAGCUUGGCGCCAAGAAACCAGUGGCUAAAAAAGCAGGAGCAAAGAAACCAGCGGCUAAAAAAGCGGCAGCAAAGAAACCCGCGGCUAAGAAAGCGGCAGUAAAGAAACCAGCGGCUAAGAAAGCGGCAGCAAAGAAACCCGCGGCUAAGAAAGCGGCGCCGAAGCCCAAGAGCCCCAAGAAAGCCGCAGCCUCGAAGACGAAGGCGGCCAAGAAGCCGAAGUCGAAAUCCGCGAAACCCAAGAAGACAGCAGUCAAAAAGUGA